CUUCUGUGUACAUGUUUAAAAAUGAUAGCGUGGAUUGUACUGUUAGCCGGUUUUACGGGGAUAUCGAAUGCUGCUAAAAAUUUGCUCCACAAUGCAGAUUUUGAAUCUAGUGAUUUCAAUGGAAAUUGGUACGGCAGGGGUUGUCAACUGACUCAGAGUAACGACGCCUACCAUGGUCACCACAGCGCACAUCUAUCCAACAGGAACCAAAACUGGAGUGGAUUAGCACACAAUGUUAAUUUGCAUGCUGGUUCCCGGUAUAAGACCACAGCCUAUGUAAAGUUGUUGAGUACUGCAAAUAAUAAGACGUGUCAGAGUGUAGCUAUGCAGCUGAAUUGCAAAGAUGGCAACGAAAUAGAUAUAUAUAUGGAAUUUGGUACCACACCUAACAUUCAACCUGGACAAUGGUGUGAAAUUGGAGGUGUUGUUCAUACAAGAAAUGGGUACCACACCUGUCGUAUCUACGUGAAGACGGAAGCACACACGGAUUAUCUUGUUGACUCGGCUAGUAUGGAAUUAGUAUCAUAUGAUUUAGACUGGAAAUCCCGAGCAAAUCAGAGAAUCGAACAAAACAGGAAGGCGGAUAUCAACAUUAAGUUGACUGGAAAUGGUGUUGACACUAGCUCUUUGGAUAUUGAGCUUCAACAGACAAAGAUGGAAUUUGCCUUUGGAUCAGCAGUUCAUUCGACCAAAAUAGUAGACACUAAUUAUGCAGCGUAUCAGAAGGCAUUUUAUGACAAUUUUGAAUGUGGAGUUCUAGAAAGUACACUGAAAUGGCAAUACAUGGAGCAGAGUAAGGGGCACAUUAACUACGACAGACCAUUGAAUGGCAUCAAGGCCAUGCGCUCACACGGAAUCAAAAUUCGGUGCCAUUGUGCAUUCUGGGAUAAAGACAAGUACACACAGGACUGGGUUAAGGCUCUACAAGGUGAUGCUUUAAGAUCGGCAAUACGUGCCCGGGUACAAGGGGUUACUAGUCAUACCAAAGGCAUGUGUGAACAGUGGGAUAUAAACAAUGAACUGUUACAUGGAGAUAUCUACGAGAGACUUUCAGAAGACCCAAACAUCACUAUGGAUAUGUUUAGACAAAUGCAUGCAGCAGAUGGGCAUCCGUUGUUGUUCCUUAAUGAUUAUGGUGUGAUAAACUACAGCGAAUCUACAGUGGCACUUAAAGACACAGCCGUACGUUACAAGAAAGCCGGGGUACCUGUCGGCGGUCUUGGUGUUCAGGGACAUAUGCAUAACAUAGAUAUAAACGUUAUCGAGGCACAACUUGAUAUAUUGGCAGAGGCCAGACUACCAAUAAUGAUAACUGAGCUUACUGUGAAGGACAAAGACGAGAACAGCCGGGCAACAAAACUUGUGAACCUAUUAACCCUGUUCUUCAGUCAUCCGUCUGUAAAAGGUGUUCUGGGGAUUCUGGGACGGACAGAUGUCAGAGCAAGACGCUUCGCUCUUUGCUGGGGCAAAUGUCACGCCAAAUGCAGCUGGCAGAGCUUACCAACAUUUGUUCCAUGACCUAUGGCGCACCAACGUUACCUAUACAAUACACGGGCAUGAGCGAUACCACGUGCGUGGGUUUAAAGGUGAAUACAACUUGAGGGUCAAACAUAACGGACAGUUACUGAAGACGGAAACAUUCACAUUGGCUGAUGGUGGAAA